UUCGCCUUCGGAUCUGUUUCGAAGGAGUGUCUUUGCUUGCUGUUACGGGAUCGAAAGAAAUUGUUUUCAUGAAAACUGAAACAUCCUAAUUUUCAUUGUACAAAAAAGAAUAAUAUCUGAGAAAAGGGAAAAGUGAACUUUCAGAGCUGUCCACCACGUCACACGAAGAAAAAUGGGAGACUCGGGAGGGCGACAGACGCGUGCAGUCCAUGAGCGUUUGACUGCAGACGAGAUGGACGAGCAGCGCAUCCAGAAUGUGGCCUACCAGUACUUGUGCCGCCUGGAGGAAGCCAAAAGAUGGAUGGAAGCAUGUCUUCAUGAGGAUUUGCCAGCCCCAACUGAAUUGGAAGAAGGUCUUAGGAAUGGAGUGUGGCUGGCUAAGCUGGGUCAUUGUUUUGCCCCCAAAAUAGUCCCACUUAAAAAAAUCUAUGACUUGGACCAGGAAAAAUACAAGACAGCAGGACUGCAGUUUCGACAUACCGACAAUAUCAACCAUUGGCUUAAUGCCAUGGCAGAGGUUGGGUUGCCCAAGAUCUUCCAUCCAGAGACAACAGACAUUUAUGACAAGAAGAAUAUGCCCCGCACUGUGUACUGCAUUCAUGCUCUCAGCCUUUACCUAUUCCGACUGGGGUUGGCUCCACAGAUCCAUGACUUGUGUGGAAAGGUCAAGUUUACAGAGGAAGAGAUCAACAAUAUGAAGCGAGAACUGGACAAGUACGGCAUCCAAAUGCCAGCUUUCAGCAAGAUUGGGGGCAUCUUGGCCAACGAGAUGUCUGUAGAUGAAGCUGCAGUGCAUGCAGCAGUUAUUGCCAUCAACGAGGCAGUUGAGCAGGGCAUUCUGGAAGCCACAGCCCAGGCCCUGCGGAACCCCAAUGCUAUGAUGAAUGGCCUACAGGAGCCUCUCAUGUCUGUGUACCAGGAGAUGCUACGCCAAGCUCGAGCUCAGAAGGCGGCCCGUGCCCGCAGGGUGAACGGCUUGGAGCAGGACAUCUAUGAGGAAUAUUUAACCCAAAAAGAGAUCCAGGAAAACAUCAACAAAGUCAAUGUUCGUGCAGCAGUGGAAAAUGUAGAUGAAACACUGGAGUUUGGGGAUUCCCUGGCUCUGUUCUCAGCACUGCAGGCACCCUGCCUUGCUCUGCAGGAACUCCAUAGGGAACAUGGCCCAUGGUACCUGGAGCAAUUAGUAGCUGACCGGGAGCAGAAGGCCCUGGACUUGGGUUGUGUAGACCCUCUGGACCGUGAGGAAAUUCAAGAGGGAGUCUUCAUGGCAAACGAAGAGGCUCUGCGUUCUCUUGCCAUGCAGCAGGCAGUGGGUGCCAUCAACAAGGCCUUGCAGCAGGGUGAGGCUAGAACUACUGUGCGAGCCCUAAUGAACCCAGACGCUCAGCUUCCAGAUGUGUACCCCUUUGCCUCUGAGCUGUACCAGCAAGAGCUUGCCCUCUUGCAGGCUCAGAGCCCUCAGGGGGAGCUGCAGCAGGAGGAGCUGUUUGUGGCAGUUGAGAUGCUGUCUGCAGUGGCUUUGAUCAACCAGGCCUUGGAGGUGAAGGAUGCUGGGGCCUUCUGUGCUAGGCUCAUCAGCCCAGCUGCAGGGUUAACCGAUACAGAUGACAGCUUGUUACAGAGAUACUUUGAGGAGCUGUGUAAACGGAAGAAGCAGGCAGGAAGAACCUUGCUGACAUGGAAUGAGCUCCAAAUGGGACUCAAUGCUGUCAAUACCGAAGUACAGGAAGAGCAUGACCAGAUCUUAACUAUUGGGAUUAUCAAUCAGGCCUUGUGCCGCAGUGACCCCCACAACACCCUUGCUGCACUUCUGCUGCCCUCCAGUGGUCUUAAGGAGGUAGAGCCUAAGACAGCCAAGCGUUACCAUGAUGUGCUGACUUCUAUGAAGAGGCGUAAAGCAGAGGAGACGAGAGACCCAGGAGCAGAGCUGUGGUUGGCUGACAUCCAGGAAGGUGUACAGCAAGCCAAUAAGGACACUCAGAGAGCACUCAAGAUGUCCUUAAGCCUGGCAGCAGUGAACCAAGCAGUGAAAGAAGGCAAAGUGUCUCAAACACUGCGUGUCCUUCUUCUGCCAGAGGUGGCGCUACGAAGCGUGGUGGCAGAAUGUGCUGGUGGAUAUCAGGCUGAGUUGUCAGCCUUGUACAAAGCCAAAGCUACAGGUGGUGACAAUCGCAGUCUCUGGGUACAAAACAAAAUGCAAGAUGGGAGCUCUUACUACUACCACCUGCACAAGCUGGAGGGCACCUGGGACCGACCUCAGGGCUUUGUGCACAACAGCUUAUAUCUAGGCCGUAAGGAUAUUCAGGCAGUGAUAUCCAGAGUGACUGUGGCACACAGUCGUGAACUCCAGUGGAAGGCCAGUGAGCCCAUGCUGGUGCAACUGCAGGCACAGAUGCGAGGCUACCUAGUUAGACAGCAAUUUGGUGCCCGUCUGAGUUUCCUGCACACCCAGUUGCCUGCAGUUAUCACCAUACAGUCCCACUGGAGAAGAUACAGGCAGCAGCAAGCCUACAGAAAGAGACUACAAUACCUCUAUAAGAAUUGGAGAGCUGUUGUUAAGAUUCAAGCUUGGGUGAAAAUGUGGUUAGCCCGACGAAGGUACCUAGCUCGGCUGAGGCACUUCAGGAGACAUGUAGGAGCUAUUGUAAAGAUUCAGGCUUUUUUCCGAGCAAACAAGGCCCGCGAGGACUACAGAAUGCUGGUGCACUCCCGCACGCCCACACUCUCUGUGGUACGGAAGUUUUCGCACUUGCUGGAACAGGGUGACUCCGACAUCCGUCAGGAAGGGGAGCUGCUUCGCCUGCGGGAGGAGGUGGUGCGUACCAUCCGCUCUAACUGCCAGCUGGAGGCUGACCUAGAUCUGAUGGACCUGAAGAUUGGUCUUCUGGUCCGGAAUCGGAUCACGCUACAGGAGGUUGUGUCCCACUGCAAGAAGCUGACCAAGAAGAACAAGGAGCAGUUGUCUGACAUGAUGGCUCUGGACAAACAUAAGGGGCUCAAGUCAUUGAGUAAAGACAAGAGGGAAAAGCUUGAAGCUUACCAACAUCUGUUCUACCUGUUGCAGACCCAGCCCCUGUACCUGGCCCAGCUGAUCUUCCUCAUGCCCCAGAAUAAGUCAACACAUUUCAUGGAGACGGUCAUUUUUACCCUCUUCAACUACGGCUCUGACUGUAGGGAAGCCUAUCUCCUGCUGCAGCUCUUCACCACAGCCCUACGGCAUGAGAUCAAACUAAAGGUGGAUCAGCCCCAGGAGCUGGUCAUGGGAAACCCCACUGUUGUCAAAAUGUUGGUCAGCUUCUACCGCCAUGCAAGGGGUCAGAAUGCACUUAGGGACAUCCUGGGGCCUGCCAUCCGCGAGGUGCUGCAGGACCGCGCACUCAGCAUCCGCACUGACCCCAUUGAGAUCUACAAAAGCUGGAUCAAUCAGAUGGAAUCCAAGACUGGCCACAAAAGCUCCCUGCCUUAUGAAGUGAGUGCUGAGCAGGCCCUCAGCCACCAGGAAGUACAGCGCCGCCUGGACAUUGCCAUCACCAACCUGAAGACCCUGACGGACCGCGUGCUAAAUGCUAUCACUUGUAAUCUGCACAAACUGCCGUAUGGGAUACGGUACACUGCAAAGGUCCUGAGGGAGGCACUGCAAGAGAAGUUUCCUCAGGCUAGUCAAGAUGAGCUGUAUAAGGUUGUGGGAAACCUGCUGUACUACCGCUACAUGAACCCAGCAGUGGUGGCCCCGGAUGGCUUUGAUGUGGUGGAGUUCUCUGCAGGCUCUGUUUUGGUGCCUGACCAGCGUCGGACCCUUGGCUCCAUUGCGCGCCUCCUCCAGCACAGUGCCGCCCACAAGCACUUUGAAGGCGACAGUGCUCAUCUCAGGGCCCUUAAUGACUACAUCACUGUUACACAUGCCAGGUUCAGCAAGUUCCUGCGGGCUGCUUGUGAUGUCCCAGAGCCAGAGGAACGUUUCAAUAUUGAUGAAUACUCUGAGAUGGUUAUCCUGAACAAACCAGUCAUCUAUAUCUCCAUCAGUGAGCUCAUCAACACUCAUAAGCUGCUGUUGGAGCACCAGGACUCCCUGUGUCCAGACCCCUCUGAUCCCCUGCUGGAGUUGCUGAGGGACCUUGGGAAUGUGCCUUCCAUCCAAGAUCUUGUUGGGGAGGGGGUGGCCAACAGUGGGGAUCCCAAUGCAGAACAAAUCUUAGCUCAGUACAGCAAAUUGGAGGUGUCUCUGACACUUACCAGCAAGUUUGACAUUUUCCGGACCUCUGACGAUCAACCUGAUGCAAGGGGGAUACUACUCAGCACCAAGCAGCUCAUCAUUGAUGUGAUACGCAACCAGCCUGGGGAUACACUGAAUGAAAUCCUGCGUGCUUCUGUGUCUAAGGACCAGGAAGCACAGCACUGUUGGAUGAUGAAGCAGAGAGCUCAGCUUGAUGCCCGCACACCAGAGAAGAUGAAGAGAAACAAGUCCUUGAUAGCUGAUGGCAACCUGUCUCUGGAAGAGAAGAAAAGGAAAAUCCAGCGUAGCCUCAGGAGGCUGGAGGCCCUGGGAGUGCUGACCCCGCCUGACAUAGAGGCUCAGAUCCUGCAGCUCAUCGCUAAGGAUAUCCGGCAUCAGCGUCUGUACCGUCAACGCCGCCAGGCUGAGCUGGUAAAGCUAAGGCAAACCUUAAACAGUCUUCACUGCAAGAGCUCCUUCCACAGUGAGCAGGUGGACUACUACAGUCAAUACAUCACCACCUGUCUGGACAACUUCACCUCCAAGAACAGCAAGGUCAGUGGGAAGAAGAAUAAGCAGCUUGCCCUCAUGUACACUGCUGCCCGCCUCCAUGAAAAGGGUGUGCUGCUGGAGAUUGAAGACCUACCUGUCACACAGUUCAAGAACGUGAUCUUCGAUAUUGUACCCAGUGAAGAGCGAGGUACGUUCCUAGUGAAGGCUCGCUUCAUGGGAGUGGACAUGGAGAAGUUCCCUCUUAAAUAUCAGGACCUGCUGCAGCUGCAGUAUGAGGGUGUUGCUGUUAUGAAGAUGUUUGACAAGGCUAAAGUAAACGUCAACUUGCUCAUCUUUCUCCUCAACAAAAAGUUCUUCAAGAAAUGA